AUGCAGCACUUUCGCUUUGGAGACCAUGGCCCAUUUCAAGGUAAACACGCGACCCUCAAGAGGCCGCGUGAAAUAACCGAAUUCUCUUUCGACGAGUCGCAUGUCCUACACACUUUGGAUAGCAGAAGCUUGCGAUAUUACUACCCGCCCUUUUUCAAGACGCCUCACAACCCGCAUGAACCAGGAAUAUCUCUGUCGAAGGGCUUUCAAUCCUUUAAAAGGCACGAAGAACAAGAAGACACGCAUCUGAAUCCGCUUAUCGAGACCGUCAUUCAGUACGAAGAAAAGACGAAGACUAAAUUGGAUCCGACUAUUCUUACUUGGCGUGGAAUGAUGACCAAAAUCCUCUCUGCGCCGUUCGACAGGUUUGGCGAGUUUAAGAUGAACGCCACCUAUUUCGACGCACGUCUGGAUCCCGCCUGCAUUGCCAAAACCUGCACUAACUCAUCCGACAGGGAACAAUCUACAUCGAAGAGAAUUUUGCCGCAAAAAUGGCUGAAGGAGACUUGGCUAAACGUGACUUCAACUACCACGGAAAGACACAGGAAGAAAUGACGUAUUGGGGAUACAAAUUCGAAACGCUCUCGACCAUACCGCGGGCGUGGGAUGAUUGCAGCCGCGACGAAAUCGAGAAUCGCGAGUCGGACGUUGUCAGCAACCACGCCCAAUACUGCUCUGUAGUUCGUACAGGAGUCGGAAAGCACAACAUCAUCAUUGGCGGUGAAGUCGACGCAGUCAUGGGUUGCAAGCCUGACCAUCCCGCCGACCAAAUUCCCUACGUCGAGCUGAAGACAAGCGAGGAUUUCAGUCCUGAUGACCGAAAGUCAGCGGUCAAAUUUGAGAGAAAGAUGUGCCGCUUUUGGGCGCAGUCCUACCUACUCGGCGUCCCGACGAUCGUGGUCGGCUUUCGCAGCAAGAACGGUAUCUUGCAGCGGAUCGAGGAGUGGAAUACCCUGGACAUCCCGAAAAUGGUCAAUCAGAACGGACAGACCUGGAAUGCUUGGGUCUGCCUCAACUUUGCGUCACAGUUCCUCGACUUUCUCAAGGAGCACGUCACGAGUGACGGUUGUUGGACCGUAGAGCGCCGAAAGGGAAACGCCGAAAUAACGAUGUACAGGAUCAACGACGAGUACAGCAGAGACAUUGUCCCGCCUAAGUUCAGGAAGCACCGAGAGGAGUUCAGCUUCGAGAAGAGCAUUUUCGACGAGACUUGA